AUGGCUUCCCCCCGUGCUGCCGAUCUACCUGUCGAGAAGGCCCCUGUUGACGCGCAAUCGGUCUCCAAUGAGUCCGAUUCCAGCAACGAGGAGGGCUGGGAAGAUGUUGAGCCCGAGGACGACUCGCAGCCGGUCGUCGAUCUUUUCUCUGAGACAGUCUACCCUGAUGUGCGCUCAAUGCUCCAGAUGUGCAAGGAGAAGCAUAACUUCGAUCUGCUGAAAAUCCAAAAGGAUCUAGGUCUCGACUUCUUGGACUCGAUCAAACUGGUCAACUAUAUUCGCUCCCAGGUGAAGGCUGGUAAUACCACCCCCGAUGUCUCUUCCAAGUCGCGAUUUGAAGACGAUGCGUAUAUGAAGCCCGUGCUCGAAGACGAUGCCCUUCUCUAUAGCUUGGAUGAUAUCGCCGAAGAGCAGAAUGAAGAUGCAGCUCCUGGUGGUGAUGCUGAGCGUCGGGUUCUUGAACUGCAGGAGGACCUAGAGCGGUUGCAGACGCAAUUUUCGGAGUACAGGACCGCCGUCCAGAAGUCCAUGGAAGAUCAAUUGACCAAGGAGGAUGAGAAGCUGGAACCCGGUGUCUCAGCCAAGAGCUCUGCCGACAAGACCGAGGAGGUCGAUGCUGACUAUUUCAGUUCUUACUCCUACAACACCAUUCACGAGUCUAUGCUCAAGGACACCAUUCGUACCGAUGCCUAUCGUGAUUUCGUCUACGAGAACAAGCACCUUUUCAAGGACAAGGUCGUUCUGGACGUUGGAUGUGGAACCGGCAUUCUGUCCAUGUUCUGCGCCAAGGCCGGCGCGAAGAAGGUCAUUUCGGUCGAUAACUCGAACAUCAUUGACCGUGCUAAGGAGAUUGUUUAUGACAAUGGUCUUGGUGAGGUCAUCACCUGUAUUCGUGGCAAGAUCGAGGAAGUCACUCUCCCGGUCGAGAAGGUCGACAUCAUCAUAUCCGAGUGGAUGGGAUACGGUCUUCUCUUCGAGGCCAUGUUUGACUCCGUCAUCUAUGCCAGGGACCGCUACCUGACUCCGGAUGGUCUAAUGGUUCCCUCCCAUGCCACUCUGCGCGUUGCGCCCUUCGCCGACCCGGAUUUCGUUGCGUCACACAUCUCAUUCUGGCACAAUGUGUACGGCUUCAAGAUGACGAGCAUGCUCUUGAACAUCUAUGACGAGGCUCUCGUUCGCGGUGUUCAGUCUAAAACCAUUCCCGGCGACUCAAACAUUUUCCUGCCAUUGCCCCUCCACACCAUUACGGUUGAAGAGCUGAACUUCAUCAAGGAGUUCGAAUUUACUUUGAAUGAGGACAUCGAUGCUCUUGAUGGCUUCGCUAUUUGGUUCGAUAUCUUUUUCAUGCCCUCAAGAGACUCUCCCGUCCCUGAAAAUGCAAUUCCCUCUGAAAUGCAGAAGAAGGGAAUUGUUGCAUUCACUACCGGACCGGAUGGUAUCGAGACUCACUGGAUGCAGACCAUCCUCCUCAUUGAUCACGGAAAGGAAGAGCCGAAGCCACUUAAGAAGGGCCAGUCUUUCACAGGAAAGGUCGGGUACCAGAGAAAGCAGAAUGGAUCUCGCGGUCUGGAUAUCACUAUCGAUUGGCAAGGUGGUGAAGAUGCUACGGGCCACCAACAAUGGGCUCUCCAGUGA